UCGAAGUGUUCGCAGGUCCCGCUGAUUUGUGAGGUGGCAUGGGUCCGACGAUGAGAGUGUACGAACAGAAAGCACGGUAUCAUAAAGUGUUGCAGAAAACAGAAAGAAAAGAAAGCGUAUCGGAUUCAUCCCCUCCCCUCCCCUCCCCGCGCGGUGCCGGUGGUGUUCUACUAUGCUAUACAAUGACUAAAUAAAAAUAGCUGAAUGGGGUGGCAGUUUCGUAAAACUGCGUUAUUUUUUUCUUGUGGCAAUUUUGAAAUAUUGUAGCGAAAUGAGGUUCAUUAUUUGGGAUUAUGUGGAUAAUGGAAGGAGGGAGGGACUGAGUGGUUGUAUCGUUAGGCGAUGGUGAAGGCACUAGCAGUAGCUUCAUCUUCCCCAGGCAGGAUGAAUUUUAUGCGGAUAAUGCCGUCAAGUUCAAGGCCAAAUUAUUUGUUAAAUUUAAAACUGAAACCCACUGGCGCAGCCCAGUGUGCACCAGCUCCACUUUCACAAGAGGUUGAUGUGGGGAUAAUAUGUGAACCUUGCAAUGGUAGAGGAUGGUUGCUCUGUGAUUUUUGUCAAGGGCAAAAAACCAAUGUUAAAGCUCAAAAUAAUCGCAUUUAUCGUCGCUGUCCUUCUUGUAGAGCCGUUGGAUAUGUUUUGUGUUCAAAGUGCAAAGUUUUCAAAUGUGUGACCUUCCCAAAUUAUGAUGAUGGUGAGGAUUUAGUCCUAUAACUAUCAGCCUAUGUACUCUUGUCGUUGACAUUCAUUGUUUUCAGAAGCUCACAUGCAGGUUUUCUUCUAUUCCUUUGUGUAAUUUUCCUCUCAUGAGAAUCAAGUUUCUCAUAGAGGCAUCAAUGUAAUGGUAAUGUGCAUAUUGAGAGUAAAAAAUUGGUUGAAUACCUCACCAUUCACAUAUAAUUUGUUCCUUUAUCGAUGUAAAGAGAGUUACUGAAUACGAGAGUUGAAAGGCUUUCAUUUUUUGUGGACUUAA